AUGGCUUUCGCAACUAUCCAGCCCUUUCAAUUUGUGGCUCUUCGACUACCCUCUGAGAGUAUCCGAGUCGAACAAAUCAUCCCAAACUCACAAAUCAACCUGGGCAAAUAUGGUUCUUUUCGCACCAACCAAAUCAUUGGUCGCCCGUACAAUCUGACAUUCGAGCUCCUGGAUCGUUCUGAGGUUCAGGAUGGAAGAGAGCUCAGAAUAGUCUCGGCCGCAGAGUUGCAUGCGCUUGCCCUUGUCGAGCAAGCAGAGACUGAAGAUGCCGCUACUCCUCAGACAGACCUGGAAGACUCCGGAGCCAGAUCUACUCCAAAAUCCAACGUCAACACCCAUGACGACCCUACGAACCAGAAGCUGACGAUGGCUGAGAUCGAGGCAUUGAAACAAGACGAUCUAGGCAGUGGCAAGGCCCUAAUCGAAAAGAUCAUGCAAUCCCAUUCCACUCUUGAUCAGAAGACCGCUUUCUCCCUCGCAAAGUAUACGUUACGGAAACACAAAAAGUACUUGAAACGCUUUUCAGUAUUGCCGCUCGAUGUUUCGAUAUUGGUCGACUGGAUGAUGUCGGAUCGCGAGUUUGCCAGAAUCAUGGAAAUGAGGAAUGAAGCAGUGGCGCUGGUCGGAUGCUGGGCUAAUAUUCACGCCAGUGGCCAUGACUAUCUGUCUCCUCCGAACGAGCCGUCUUCUCGGUAUCUCGUCGUGGAUGACACUGGAGGAUUGAUAGUUGCAGCUGUCGCAGAACGGAUGGGCAUUCUUCACCAGAAAGACCUCGAAGAAGGCGUCAGCAAAACAAGGGAGGAGGAUGCAGACGAACAGCCCGAGCAGCCCGAGGCUGUGCUACCACAUAAAGACAGACGGCGACAUUACCGGCAGUCCCUCAUGAGUGCGCCUUCGAAUUCCAUCACCAUGGUCCAUGCCAAUCAACAGCCUAACCUGGGCUUACUACGCUAUUUCAACUUCGAUGCUAACAAUCCCACUCCCUCACAUCCACUGUACACGAGUCUGAAAAGUCUCUCCUGGCUCCAACUGCUGGAACCUGAGUCCGAUAUAACGUAUCAAGAGCCAGAAAUAAUCCCACCAGAAGAACUGGCGAAAGCGAAAUCAAAUCGCAGAAGUGCAUAUUUUCGAAAGAGACGCCGGUGGGAGCGGGUCAAGACAGUUGUCGACGAGACCAGAGCUGGGGGAUUCGAUGGACUAAUCGUUGCAAGCUAUACGGACUCCGUCUCAAUAUUACGACCCCUAGUCCCCUUGCUUGCUGGUGGAAGUCAAGUGGUGGUCUACUCCCCCAACGUCGAACCCUUGGUAGAAUUGGCGGAUCUCUACUCUACCGCUAGGAAAACGGCUUUCAUCAACACCCCCCAAGAAGAAAGACGAGUGCCCUCAGAAGACUUCCCGGUUGAUCCAACCCUGUUACUGGCCCCAACUGUCCAGACAGCCCGAGUCAGACAAUGGCAGGUCUUACCAGGUCGGACGCAUCCGCUGAUGACCAGCAAAGGUGGCGCGGAAGGCUACAUUUUUGUGGCCACCAGGGUUCUACCUGCAGAAGGGAAAGUUGCGGCUCGAGGCCGACCGGGGCGGGCCAAGAAGACAAGAGCCGAGGAGUCUACCAAGGUUCCUGCAACUGCCACUGAUGGGGAGUUGUCUCAGUCACCGCUCAAAAAGCAGAAGAUCGAGGCGGAAGAGGCAUUCUCAGCGCAGCCAACACUUGCCUCCCUGAGAGUAGAGCCAACUGUGGAACCCAUGAUAGUUGAACAGAAUGGCGAGUCAUGA